AUGGCACCGGUCAAUUCACCAUCUUACCAAUCACUCUUCGUGACCAGCUCAGAAGUGCCCCGUCAUGUUUUCAAGUUUCGCUGGUGGGAAGAUGAAGCUACCACCGUGCUGUGGGCCUUCAACAUCCCUGAGAUCUGCAUGGUGAUCCGCUAUGCCCUGUUCCGUGAUGAAAAUCUCCCGCGCAGUGCGCUUCUUAGUCGAAACUCUGAAACGGUCGACACAUUUUUGGUGGCGUUGUCCGAUCUCCGGGAGCAUCAGUACCUCUCUGCAUUGUCCCAUUUGCAGAGGGUUGAGGAGGUCUUGCGUCGGUCAAGAAUACCUGUUAUCAAACCCAUUGCUUGGAGUUGGUUCCCGCCGAGAGAGCCGCCUGACCCGAGGUUUAUUGCUAGUGCCAUCGACAUUGAGAGCCAUUGCCAGUUUAUGAGAAUGGAGUUCGAGGAGAUCGUUCGCGCUGCGCUGGGCUAUCCUGCCCCGUCUGUAGAGUGGUUUCUGCAGCAACAUACUUCUCUCUACGUGCAUCUCUUGGAUCAUCUGAACGUAUACCCGGAACAAAUACCGGUUUACUUAGAAGUGGAGAAGUAUUUGCGAGGACGAAGUCCCUUUGCUUACCGUGCUGUGGUGCAAUGUUUGCAUACAGUUCUACCGGAGACAGCAUUCAAUGUUCGCAUACCAAAUACUCCCGACUUAGAGUUCAUCGCUGGUCCGAUCCAGAAUCUGUUCAAAGACCACCCUCCUAAAUUGACGACCAUCCUGAAAAUGUUGACUGUUUUGUCGGUUCGCUUUCGUGCACAGUACAGUCAGACCCCGAAAAUGGAUUGGCACACUCCGUUCGACACGACAUGUUUGUUUCUGGAAGACCAUCUCGGUGCAACAUCUCCCAAGGACCUCGCUCGUACAUUGGCUAGCACCGACGAAGUAGACUUUUCACGACUUUCACGACAGAGCAUCCUCAAAGGCGACGAAACAGCACCAAGGGACCCAGAUCUAACCCGAACAAAUCAGACACUAUUCAUCAAAAAGGACUAUUAUUCUUUAACCGCCAUUCUCGAAGGUCUACAACGAUACUCCAUCUCAACUGCUCAGUCCCGCGGCCUGAACAGCAACCUGGGUGGUAUGCUCGUUCUAGACACUCCUAUAUUCCCAGAGGCCAUCCAUCUCAUCAACCCGAUGCACAACUACGCCGCUUAUCAUCAACAUUUCGUCGAGAACCCAGGGACCCCGUUUUUAUUUGCUCAUUACAGGGAUUACCUGCAACAUGGCGAAACCGCCCUUCAGCCGCUUUUUGAUUAUCUUCAGGGUCUGGCAUCAAAAGCAUUGUAA